AUGGCACCAAUCGCAAUAUCACCAGAACUCGGCCCUACGCGGCUACAUGAUGUGACACCGCAGUCGCUGGGCUCAUAUGAGGGCUAUGAUCAUGUACAUUGGUAUGUCGGAAACGCCAAGCAAGCGGCGGCCUUUUACACAUCCCGUAUGGGCUUCUCAAGAGUAGCAUAUCGAGGACUAGAGACUGGCUCUCGGCAUCUCGCAUCGCACGUUGUCAAGAACGGGAACGUGUGCUUCGUCCUGACUUCGCCUAUACAUGCGCCGAAUACCAGACUUCCGCUCAGCGAUGCCGAAAGAGCAGAGCUGCGAAAAGUUCACGAUCAUCUGGAGGCACAUGGAGAUGCAGUGCAUGAUGUCGCUUUCCGCGUGGACGAUGCUGCAGCAGUGUACAAAGCCGCCGUUAAGCGAGGUGCUUCUAUCGUGUCACCACCCAAGGUCUCUUCGGAUGACAAUGGGUCAGUAACGACGGCAUGCAUCCGAACAUACGGCGACACCACGCACACCCUUAUUGAGCGUUCGUCAUAUCCGACAGACCUGUUCCUUCCAGGAUAUCGAAAAGUCACGGCCGUUGACCCAUCAGCCAAAUACUUGCCCUCAAUAAAUCUGUCACACAUCGAUCACGUUGUUGGAAAUCAAGACUGGGACUCAAUGGAGGCAGCUUGCGACUACUACGAAAAGACGCUUGGCUUCCACCGCUUCUGGUCCGUCGACGACAAAGACAUUUGCACCGACUUCUCAGCGCUGAAAUCCGUCGUCAUGGCAUCGGCAGACGAGAAGAUCAAGAUGCCCAUCAAUGAGCCUGCCGUUGGGAAGAAGAAAUCCCAGAUAGAAGAAUACGUCGACUUCUAUGGCGGCGCUGGCGUGCAACACAUUGCGCUCCGCACGAAAGACAUCAUCGAAACUGUACAUAAUAUGAUGGAGCGAGGUGUCGAGUUCAUCUCCGUUCCGUCAACAUAUUAUACGAAUAUGAAGGAAAGGCUGGCCAAGUCCGGUCUGAAACUGGACGAAGACUUUGCUCGUCUGCAAGAACUGGGCAUUCUGAUCGAUUUCGAUGAAGGCGGGUAUCUGCUGCAGCUGUUCACGAAGCAUUUGAUGGAUCGGCCGACGGUGUUCGUGGAGAUUAUAUAUAGGAAUAAUUUUGAGGGCUUUGGGGCGGGCAACUUCAAGAGCUUGUUCGAGGCGAUUGAGAGGGAGCAGAUGGAGAGAGGAAAUUUGUGA